AUGGGUGACCCCAUGUCCCUACAGGCCGAAUGUCUCUGGGGAGCAGCAUGGAAAGUGAAUACAGCCAAGCUGGAGUUGAACCCUUGCAUCUGCUUGGCCACUUCUGGUGGACGGAGGCUCUUAUCUUCCCAUUUCACUUCUAUUAGUCUCUUGGAGUACGUGGGAAAGGGAAAGAGCAUCAUUGACGUGGGCUUGGCGCAGGCACGGCAGCCCCUGAGCACGAGGAGUCACUACUUCGAGGUGGAAAUCGUAGAUCCAGGAGAGAAAUGCUACAUCGCCCUUGGCCUCGCUCGCAAGGAUUACCCAAAAAAUCGGCACCCUGGCUGGAGCCGAGGAUCUGUAGCCUACCAUGCAGAUGUCUCGCAUACCCGGGGCCCACUUGACGGCAGCCUCUAUGCCAGGAUCAAGAAGAAAUGCGACCUUAGCAGCUUUUCUUCUAGCAACGGCAGCCCCAGCAGCCCUGAGUCCCCUCCCCAGCAAUGUGGGCGCCUCCUUUCCAUCAGCAGUGAUUCAGGGCACUCGUCCAUGCUGACUGAAAAGGCAGAUGACAACACGCCACCCUCCAGGCACCAGCCCACGCUUGCUGAGAAGGAGGAACUGGACAGGUUGCUGGGCAGGUUUGGGGUCCAGCCUCCACCCCAGCAGCCGAAUGAGGGAAAUGGUCCUCAUGGCGUUCCCCCCUCCGCAGCUGCUCCCAAGGAGAGAGAGACAGCCAUUUUGGAAGAUGAACUGUCAGACAUAGGUCCUCCUGGACCCCACUUUUCCUACCAGACUCAGCGCCCGGGCCUGGCCCGCCACUGUUCCUGUCGCCUUGGUUACCGCUCCCACAGCCCUGAGAGGGCUCAUGCUGUGGGCUAUUACAGACCAGAUGGCACUUUGGAGCGGCGACAACCAAUCUAUAAUGGCGGGCACUCCCACAUACACCCUGAGGGGUAUGAAGAGAAACAGAGGGUGUACCGCUCGCUGUCUGAGGGCAUACAGCCUCACUCUUACUCCUUCAGCCAUGAACCUCUGCCCUCUCACAGUCCCAGCCGACAGGACCACGAGGAGCUAGUAAUCUUGGAGGACCCGCCCGCUUUCAUAUGCCCUUGCCAGGACUGCCAAGAGGCUGCUCGUGAAGAGGCGAGGGUGCCCACUGCUUCUUUCUAUGGCCUGCGUAUAGACCGGGAACCAGAUCUGUGGGGGGUGGAGAACACAAGGCCGUCCUUCCUUCAUCAUCCCCUUCAUCGGGGUGGACAGCCCGUGCCUCUUCUGAUGCCAGCUACCUACGGGCACCACCACUUGUCCCAUGGGCAACACCAGGCUUUUAACUUCGAGCCCAAGAUGGUGGCACCUCACCUAAGCCAUAGUUACUCCACCCAUCAGAGGGCAAAAGUAAUGGAAGAGAAUGCAGAACCGUUCCCUUAUCACCGCUACGGUCCAGCUUAUCCUCCAGUUACAUCGUACACCUACGGUAGAGCCCCAACCAAGGCCUGCAUUUCUCCUUAUGGCUCAGGGUACUCAGGGUCUCCCCACUCCGGCUCCAUUUCACCAACUAGCCCGCUGUAUCCAACCACCAGGAAGCAUGGGUAUGAGCCUCCGGAGAGCAGCGAAGGAUACUUACUACCAGGGCCCCCAGAAAGGCCACGUGAGCUGCAAGAAUGCAGAGAGGCCACCCCCUGGCAAGAGGCUCCUGGUUCCCUUCCGCAGCAUCUGCAGGAGGGUCGAGGUACCUGCGCAGAUAUGUCUGGCCCUCCCAUGCACACCAGCAGCCCAGUUUUCAGCAAUGACAGCUCUGGAACACACAAGCACAGCAACACAGCCACCAACCCACCUGAAACUACACUCCAGUCAAGCCCCGAAGAGCUGGCUCCUCCUGGCUGGAAAAGAGGCCCAGAGAAAGCGGCUUCCCCCAGUAGUCCCACACAGACUCUGUCCCCAAUGCAGGCCUUCACCCACCUCCCUGCCUUCAGGCAGCAGCAAGCUAAUGGAUUAUCUCUGAAGCUUGGCCUCCAGCUGCCACAGCCACCUCCCCGCAUUCUCUGCACGUCCAGCCCACCACACGUCCCCCUCUCGCCCACAACAAAGCACGGCGUCCUACAAGAGGCCCACUCACACCAAAAUGGAUCGGAAAUGCCUGGCCCUCACAUGGCUGCGGCUUCUUGUGAGUUGUCAGUGGAAGACAAGUUAGGGAACCCUGCAGGCCCUGUAAUGGAGAGACAGGCCCAGAGGGGCAGCCCGGUGGUCCCCUGCCACAGCCAGCCCCUUCCCGCCUGCAGAACUGUGUCCAGUGCACCAGCAUCACCUCAGAGCCCAGCAGCCUAUAAUGGCCGCCCACACAUUGAGAGAACAGGGUCUGAGAUGAGCACCCUUCCUCGUUGCCCCAACAGUAGCCCUUCUCUCGGGCCCUGCUCAAUCAGCAUCCAGCCGCCAACUCUCAGCUAUGGUUGUGCUGACACACAGGGCUCUCCAACCCCAUCCUUCCCCAUUGCAACAGCCUAUUACACAGGUGCAGAGAGUACCUCCUCCAGUCGGGCUCACCUGUGUGAACCACAACAACCUCCACUGCCUGAGAAACAUCACACGCUAGUCGCCAAAAACUGGGAAAGGACUUCGCCACCUGGUCGCAGCCCUGGCUCUGCUCAUCACGUUACCUUUGCACCUGGUGUACCUGAUGGCAUUGUACCUGGAUCAGAUCCACAGCAAGAGAACCAGGUGAAUGUCAAAUUUGUCCAAGACACAUCCAAAUUCUGGUACAAACCUCAUUUGUCCCGGGACCAAGGUACAGUUCCCAAGUGUUUUUGCCUGGUUCAGCUGGGGGAUUUAACAAAAAAAGCAGUAUUUAACAGCCUCUCGGAUAGGGGUCCCCAAAAUAGUGCCACUGGGCCGCAUGGCCUCCAUCAAUACAUUUCCUGGAGCCCAUCGUGUGUUUUUAGAAAAGCAGCAGCAGCAGGCGGAGCUUUUGCCCAGCAGGGUUUCUCAUUGAAGAUCUGA